AUGGAUACAGCUGAGAAUUCAUCGCAGGUGGAUUUAUUCCAAAUUGCAAUGAGUGAUGAUGAUGGCAGCCAGCAGAAGAAUGAGAAGAAUGGCAGCCAACAGGAGAAUGAGAAUGAUGGCAGCCAGCAGGAGAAUGAUAAUAAUGGCAGCCAACAGGAGAAUGAUGAUAUUACAAAAUUAUCAAGCCAAACCAAUCUUGAACAUCUCAAGAUGGAAGAAAAAGAGGAGAAAACAGCCAACAAUCAAACACUACAAAACGCCAAUCAACAGGAUCAAUCGAUCCAUCCACCGACUGGUGACGAUCAUCACCAUGAUGCAAAAGAGUCUGCAGCCAAGCCUGAAAGUAAUCAUAACGAGGAUAGUUCGCAAGCUAAUAUCAAUCAAAACGGAAACGAGGAAAACUAUAUCAACGACACGGAUCUCUUAUACGCUGCAAUCAUGGUCGAAGAUGCUCGCCGUGGCAGAAAAGGCGCUGUAAUGAAAAAGAUGCAAGCUCUCAAGUAA